AAUGGUCAAGCACUCUCCUCGGCUCGGACGCCUAUCGAUCGGCGAGAACCGCUUCCAUCUCCCCGUCGGCGGCUCGGAUCCAUGGCCGGAGGAAGUCGCCGCCGGCGUCGUCGCCUGAGAGAGCGGCCGCCGCAGGCCGAGGAACCUUCCUCGCCGCCGGAGGCGGCACCAGCUCGUCUCGGCGUCAGAGAAGCUGUUGUUGGAGAGGAGCCCUCUAAGAAAACCUGCGACGCCUCGGGAUCUACCUCCUCACCCUCCUCGGGAUGUCAUGAUUGGGAUUACCCUCUGGACAGCCUGCUCCAUCAAAUCAUAUCUCUCAUUAGCUCAUUCCACGACCUCCUUGCUUUCAGAGGCACCUGCCGCUCUUGGCGCGCUGCGGCCUCGUCCUUCCCAUCCAUGUAUACCUUCACCUUCCCACCUCUCCACCUCGAACCAGAUGUUAGCCAUGGAAUUUUCAACUAUAAACCUAAAUGGAAGCUCGUUGACCCUGCCAAGAGAUCUUUAUCCCUUUGCUUUUCAGCGGCCAGAAUUAAUCCAUGCCGCAUGCGCUAUCUGGGCUGCUCGUAUGGGUAUCUUAUUUUCUCCGACCGGGAGCACUGCCAUCUCCUCGAUGUGUACACUGGUGCUAAGGUGAAGCCUCCCAAACUCCAGUCCGAUGGCAGCUCUUUGAUCUACUAUGGCUUCCUUGUGGCUCCACUCACCUCACCCAACUCACGUCUCACCCUUUUAUCGAGAACCUCCAUAUUCCAGUGGCAAGUUGGAGCAAAUUCCUGGACAGAGCACCCUCUUGCUGGUGAACCCUUCCAUCAGAUUGUCUUCUUCAAAGGUCAGAUGUUUGCCAUGGACUUUGUUCAGAGGCUACAUACCAUAAGCGUCGUGCCUCAACUCAGCAUACAAGAAGUAGCAGUUGUGUGGGAAGAGGGCAUGCUUGUAGGCCUGCAUUCUAAGCCAUGGCUGGUGGUCUGUGGUGACAUGCUUCUCUUGGUUGAUCUCUCAGUAAGCACGGACCUACUGUUUGGCUUCCCUGGCACCUUACGAAUCUUCCGCCUUGACUUUUUGGACCAACCGGCUAAGUGGGUGAAGAUGGAGAAGUUGGACAAUUGGGCUCUCUUUCUUUCCAAUGAUAGGAGGAACCCCACAUUUUCAUGCAUGAACCCCGAAAGAUGGGGAGGAAAAAGUAACUACAUUUAUGUUCCGACGGCAUCCCAAGAUUCUGAUGAGCCAUGGACUGCAAUAGAGGUUGGACAACCAGUGCCCAACUCAACACACCGCUUGUCAUUCAGUUCUGCAGCCACUGCCCAUUCCAGUCCACUAAAUAGCCUCUGGGUGCUACCCAGUUUGGUUUACGGAGUUUGCCAGUAAUUGAUCAUCGUUGGUUGUUUCAGUAUCAGUAGCAGUUGUAGGGUUUUUAUUAGUCUUUUACAACACAAACACUAUCAACUGCUCGUUUUAUAUGAUUUAGUUAGUCACUAGGUUCUUGUAACUUCCAGGGGUUUCUUGACUCCGCACCAAAUGUAUCAUGUAAAAGAAUAUUUAUCUAUGUUUUCUCGAGGCAGUGAUCCUCCUGUGCA